AUGAUGGGGGAAGUUUUGCAGAAGGUUCUUUCUGUCGUUGGACUUCUUCAAGAUGAUGUCGACCCCAUGGUUUCUGUAAUGAAGGUCGAGAAGGCUCCAUUGGAAUCUUAUGCUGACAUUGGUGGGUUAGAUGCCCAGAUCCAGGAGAUUAAAGAGGCUGUUGAGCUCCCAUUGACUCACCCCGAAUUAUAUGAGGACAUUGGUAUUAAGCCUCCAAAGGGGGUCAUACUGUAUGGAGAGCCUGGAACUGGAAAAACAUUGCUUGCAAAGGCUGUUGCAAACUCUACAUCUGCAACUUUCUUGCGUGUAGUUGGAAGUGAAUUGAUCCAGAAAUACCUUGGAGAUGGUCCUAAGUUGGUGAGGGAACUCUUUAGAGUUGCUGAUGAUCUCUCCCCAUCUAUUGUCUUUGUUGAUGAAAUUGAUGCAGUUGGUACGAAAAGGUAUGAUGCCCACUCAGGUGGUGAACGUGAAAUUCAGAGGACUAUGCUGGAGCUGCUGAACCAAUUAGAUGGUUUUGAUUCAAGAGGAGAUGUUAAAGUGAUUCUUGCAACAAAUAAAAUUGAAAGUCUUGAUCCUGCUCUGCUUCGACCUGGUAGAAUAGACCGGAAGAUUGAAUUCCCUCUUCCAGAUAUUAAGACUAGGAGGCGUAUUUUCCAGAUACACACAUCGAGGAUGACACUGGCUGAUGAUGUUAACCUAGAAGAAUUUGUUAUGACAAAAGAUGAGUUUUCUGGAGCUGAUAUCAAGGCAAUUUGUACUGAAGCUGGAUUGCUUGCUUUAAGAGAGCGUCGUAUGAAGGUGACGCAUGCAGAUUUUAAGAAGGCGAAAGACAAGGUUAUGUUCAAGAAGAAAGAAGGUGUUCCAGAAGGACUCUAUAUGUGA